CUAUUUCAUUACGCUUGAAGUUUUUCCUGAACAUGCCCAACACAUCUAUAAACAGAUCACACAAUCAAUGAGAAGGAUGGAACUACUAAUCUGUUUGGCUAAUAUUAUCGUUUACACUGCGUUAAAAUGACUUGCAAUACACACAUACUUGGGGCAAUGUAUUAGCGAUUUCACACCUAUGGACAACAAAAGAUGGCCUAGUUUCGAUGCAGGGCAACCUUACAUGCUCUCCUGUGAAAGCGUGGAUCACAAGACCCACUUCAAAAGACCACCAAAUGACCGUUGCCAUCAAAAGGGACCAGUACUUAAUAAAUGGUACAAGGCAGGCCCAGACAGCCUCAGCAGCAUCAUUCUCUCCACCAGGUCUAGGGAGAAGCAGUGCUUGACCUCGCUUUAGUUUUCCUAAACCAUUACACUUGCAUUGGAACUAUGGAUCGCGUCUUCCUGGAAGCUUGUGGCAUCCUCAUGGCGCUUCUCUUGGUAUGGACCAGUGGAGUUGCAGCGGAUUCAUCUCACUUGUUCCACAGAUUAAACAGACGGCCUCAUCACGGGAGCAAUGGGAACCACUUGAAUCCUACACUGCAAAGCAGAUAUCCACUGUACAUGAUGCACCUCUACCGGACUCUGAUGACAACGGAGGCCCAUCGGGACCUCACUCGAAGGGGCAUGCACAGUGACAACCCCAGCCUUCACGACUCCGACUCCGUCCUCAGCUUGGUCGCUAAAAGUUGCGUUCAAACAGGCACGAGGUGGAGUAUAACUUUUGACAUGUCAUCCAUCUCCAUGAGUGACAUCGUGCAACGCUCCGAAUUGCGCAUUCGGCUGCCGUCUUUCUCAAAAUCCCAGACUGCGACAAUAGACAUCUACCACGUCCACGACAGUUGUGUGGAACCGACGUGCCAAGACCGUCUGCAACUGGCAAGUUUCAGAGUCACACCCAACGAUGGGCCUUUUCAUUCUACCUGGAGAGUGUUUAACGUGACAGACGCGCUCAGGUACUGGCUGCAACAGGAAGAACCAGUAGACACCUUGGAGGAAAGGGAAGAUGGCGAGCAGGAAACCAUCCACCACUCCACGGCGGACACAGUCAUGAUGGUGGUCUUCUCCAAGCACAACCACAUGGCACCAACACUGAUCCACACAGCAGAGCAGUCAAAGUACGUGGCUGUUGACCGCGCAAGGGAGAGGGGACCCGGGCCCGUUGGCGCGCGUCGCCGCAAGAGGAACCAUCAUCCACGGGACAUUGGACGCGAAGCAGCAGGGGGCGUGCGGGCAUCUGGAUCCUCGGAAGGCGCGGCCAAGACCGGGUGCAGAAAGGUGGACAUGUGGGUGGACUUCGAGCAGAUAGGCUGGAGCGACUGGAUUGUGUAUCCAAAGCGUUACAACGCGUAUCGCUGCGAGGGAAGCUGCCCAAACCCAGUGGAUGAAACCUUCUUGCCUACCAACCACGCUUACAUUCAGAGUCUGCUGAGGGCGCACCACCCGGACCGUGUACCAUGCCUGUCCUGCGUGCCAACUCGCCUCGGGCCUCUCUCCAUGCUGUACUACGAGAGCGGAGAGAUGGUCAUGAAGAAUCUGGAGGGGAUGGUGGUGGAGCAGUGUGGAUGCCAGUGAUCCCAUGUAUCUGUCUACGUAUACGGCGCAAUAGCACUUUACAAAAACAAACACUGCACCUUUGGCUGGAAUGGAUGGUGUGGAACUACGUUUGCACGCUCAACUGUUCUAUGACUUCAGGACAUGUUAACCAUGCCAUCCUAAACAAACAGACUUAUUUGUUUUGAAGCAUUAUGGCAAUGUAACCGAACUUGUCUAAAACUAAGCUCUGUUCACGCUCACCCACUCAGUGCAAAGAAAAGGGAGUGUCGUCCCCAAUGGAAUGGACAAAUAUAGCGCUUUUUAUUUUUUACUGUGAUUCAAUAUUUUCUCAGUACCUCAUAUUUUUAUAUCUUGAAAAUGACAUUUUGGACUGCACGGUGACUUG